GGGCAGCGAGGCCAGAGGCGGGCACCGGGCUGGGCCGCGCAGGGGCGCCCCCACCGGCGGCUGGCCCGGCGACAUGGGCCGCUACUCGGGCAAGACGUGCCGGCUGCUCUUCAUGCUGGUGCUCACCGUCGCCUUCUUCGUGGCCGAGCUGGUCUCGGGCUACCUGGGCAACUCCAUCGCGCUGCUGUCCGACUCCUUCAACAUGCUGUCCGACCUGAUCUCGCUGUGCGUGGGGCUGGGCGCCGGCUACGUGGCGCGGCGACCCCGCGGGGGCCUGGGGGCCACCUACGGCUACGCGCGCGCCGAGGUGCUGGGCGCGCUGAGCAACGCCGUCUUCCUCACGGCGCUCUGCUUCACCAUUUCCGUGGAGGCCGUGCUGCGCCUGGCGCGGCCCGAGCGCAUCGACGACCCCGAGCUGGUGCUCAUCGUGGGCGCGCUGGGGCUGGCCGUCAACGUGCUGGGGCUGCUCAUCUUCCAGGACUGCGCCGCCUGGCUCGCCUGCUGGGGCCCCCGCCGCCGCCGCCCGCCGCCGCCGGCCGAGGGCCGCACCCCGCGCGCGAUCGGGGCCCCGCGGGGCGCCCCCGGCCCCGGCCAGUCCCAAGAUGAGCAGCCCCAGCACGUUGGUGCUCACCGUCGCCUUCUUCGUAGGGGAACUUAUACACAACACAAGGUUUCUUCUUUGAAUGCAGGUGAUUCGCUGAACACCCAGAAUGAGCCAGAAGAGACUAUGAAAAAGGAGAAAAAGUCGGAAGCCCUGAAUAUCAGAGGUGUCCUUUUGCAUGUGAUGGGCGAUGCCCUGGGGUCAGUGGUUGUGGUGGUCACGGCCAUCAUAUUCUACGUGCGUCCCCUGAAAGGCGAGGACCCAUGUAACUGGCAGUGCUACAUAGACCCCAGCCUGACUGUCAUCAUGGUCGCCAUCAUUUUGUCAUCUGCCUUCCCACUCAUCAAGGAGACUGCUGCCAUUCUGCUGCAGAUGGUCCCCAAAGGAGUCAACAUGGAGGAGCUGAUGAGUAAACUCUCGGCCGUGCCCGGGAUUAGCAGUGUACAUGAAGUGCACAUCUGGGAACUUAUAAGCGGAAAGAUCAUCGCCACCCUGCACAUCAAGUAUCGGAAGGACAGGGGCUAUCAGGACGCCAGUAUGAAAAUUCGAGAAAUCUUCCACCAUGCGGGAAUCCACAAUGUGACCAUCCAGUUUGAGCAUGUGGACUUGAAGGAGACCAUGGGGCAGAAGGAUCUGCUGUUGCUCUGUGGUUCACCCUGCAUCUCCAAGGGCUGUGAGAAACAGCUGUGCUGCCCGCCCGGGGCCCUGCCUCUGGCCCAUGUCAAUGGCUGCGCAGAGCACAAUGGCUGUCCCCCUCUGGACACGUACCCAAGUGAUGGUCUCCGUGGACAAGUAACAAGAGAAGUGGCUAUUGAAGUAUCUUUGGACAGCUGUCUGAGUGACCACGGACAAGCUCUGGGCAACACUCAGGAGGACCAACAUUAUGUCAACAGCACACAUUUUUAAUCUUGUCCUGACGUACACAGACAGUAUAGACGAGGUGUUCGGGCCUGUGGAAGGACCUCUGUGGGCUGUAGGCACUGGUCAAAUUCAUGGUGUGCACGCUGUGUGUUCAUCAACGGGCUGGUGGUUUGGGAUGUUAAUUGCAUGUGUCUGUUAAUUUUUAUGUGACUGUGAACUCCUUUACGUCGUCCUGGGUAUCUCAUGCUGCUCUUCAACAAACUCACUGUUUUAGUUUGAACAUUUAUUUCAAAAAGCAAACCAUGCCAGCGUACGUAUCAGGGACAUUGAAGGCUGGGACUCAAUGGCUGUGGACACAGGAUUCAAAGUAGUUUUUGUUUUAAAGUGAUUCGAUUUUGUGGCUGACUCUUGGGUGAGCUCAUAGCCAAGUACAUCGAAAAAACUAAAGAACCAUGUUAGCUAAUGUUUUUUUCAUUCCAUUAUAAGAUCAUAAAAGAGGAAGGUUGGGUAGUCCUGUCACUGCAGAAUUUUUGUUCUUUGACUUGUUUUCAAAUAAAUGCAAAAUGAAUGCCUAUUAAAGUAGAAAAUAGCCUCAGAACAUCAAAGGAAGGAGAGAUUAUUGGGGGAAGACAGGAAGAAAAUGCCUCCUGACUACCUCUUCAUUUUGCAGGGUGGAGAGAAAACUAGUGUUUACUUUCUGCUGUGAACUGAACUACAACUAUAGGGUGCUUCAAAUGUUUAAUACACAAAUGCUUUUUUUUUUUCACUUGGAAGUGUGGGAAUAUUUCUACUUCCUGAAGUAUGACACAAUACUUACAUUCUGUCUUGUAGAAUCAGUCCAGUUGGGAUUGUUUUCAUUUAUCACUUAAUGACUUAUUUGUCCAAAUUUCCUUUGAGUCUUCUUUUAUAUGAUCAUGUGGAUAUAUGUAGCAUUUAUCAGGAGAAAAUGGGUAUUUCUGGGAGAGAAUAAUAUAUGACACUGAGUAUUCCUUACUGCCAAAAAUAAGCUGGAUUGACUUUUCUUCCAUUAGACAUAUUUUAAAGUAUUUAGUAUAGUUGCCAACUAGUAACUUCAUGGAAAAGUCUAUGUGUAGAGAGACCCCGAUGGGUUGCAAAAUUGACUGACAGCGAUCAUCUCUUAGGCUCUAGACACAGAGUCCUGUUGUAAAUCUGUGCGGUACUCAAACAGAAAUCCUGGGUUGGUAACGCGAAAAGCACCCACGUUUUUCAGCAUUAACGCCGUUUAAACAAAUGUCUUAGUGUUCGUUCUAAGGCUGAAAUAAGUAAGCAUCUGUGAUCAGUAGGAUAAGAAUUUUUUUCAUUCCUUGAAAAUUUAUUAUCUGAGUUUAAAUUGGCCAUGAAUUAGUCGAAUACGUUUUUGUCCCUAGGAGUUUGUUGGACUAGUCUAUAGAUAGUGUAUAGCCAAAAGAGGGGUAAAAUAUAAGACAACAUUUUUAUCCUUAAUCUUAAAAGUAUGGCAUGCACUCACAAAAAAACCGGGGGAUUCUCUUUGAAACUCACCACGGUGAUAAGUGGACCAAAAUCUAGACAGAUGUUGGUUGAGAUGCCUUGACUGGAGCCAAAGAGGAAGUCUGUCCCUCACUUCCAAUUGGUUCCCAUCAUUCUGCUUUUUAUUAGAAGGAAAAGAUUAUAAUUUUCUAGUUUCUGUGCCCCUGGCUAAAGAAAUGCAGACUAGUUUACAUCCAGAUAAUGUUCUCUACUCUCUAAAGUAUGUUUUAGGAAAGGAAAAGGCACUAAAUUUAAAUGUAACAAAUUUACCACAGAGGUAGCUUGGCGACCACU